AGACUAUGCGUCUAUAAGUCCUCUUCUUAAAUCGGAGUCAAAUGGCUUUUCACAUCAUUAUACAAUCAUGCAAGAAUUUCUAGGAAUGGAUUUUAAUGAUCAGGACGGGCAGCCAGGUUGGUUAGCAGCUAAUAAUUUCUAUAGGGAAUUAAACGGGCAAGGUCUGGCUUUAUUCGUCAAGGUAGUAGUUACCAGAUUUCGGACCGUGGCGCACUGCUGACCAUUACACAUUUUCAUUGCGCCAUCAACUUCAGCAGUGAAGUCUUAAGUGGAGAGAAUACAGAAUUCCCUGCGCGGGAAGACGGACAGUGUGCGGACAGCCUCGCUCCCAGCUUGUUUAGCUCCAUCAAGAAGCCGCAGAGGUGCGAGGCCGGAGUGAGGGGCCCCUGGCACCCCGUCGGACCCCUCGGGGGUCUCCCCGCUUCCACCCUGGGAGAACCUGGAACGGCCUCGGCAGGCCCCGCCGGGCGUCACCGGCCCCCCGCCGCCCGUUAGACCCGCGCGCUGCCGCCGUUGCCAGGGAAACGGGCUGGCGGAUGCCGGGCAGGACGCGGCGGCUGGCAGCCUGCCCUGGCCGCCCGCCCGAUUCCCCCGCCCGGCUGCAGCGGCGGGCGCCCCGCCGGAGCCACUUCUAAACGCUUGCCAAAAAUGCACAACUUUGCAACCCUUUGUUAACAGGCACUAAAGCUGUUCCAGUGUGGACCACAUCAUAUAUCUAUGUAAAAAUCUAGACUGACCUGCUGCUUCUUUGAGAGAAGGAUCAGGAUACAUUCAUUUGGAAACCCUGGCUGAAAAGUGCUACCAGCAAAAAUGUCUGAAACAUCAUCAUUUUCAUUUUCUUCUGAUGUCAGUGAUGGGCCAUCCCAAGGUAUGUCAGACAAGAGUGAAUGGAUCACCCCAAGGCAUCAUGGCUCUGCUUUUGUAAAUACUCCAUUACCUUAUAUUAACAAAAUUAUUUGUCACAUUCAGGAGUUAGAAUUGAAGAUGGCGAAUCACUUUCAACAGUAUGAUUAUGUGUUUAAGGAGGAGAAAACACCAUGGGUAACAAAACAGGCCAGUGCUGACUCUACUGAAGAUAGCUGGUUAUCAUUAUCCACCAAAUUGGAUUUUAAAGAAGCUGAUGUAUCUUGUGAAGAUGGCAAGGCAUUAACCUUGAAGAAGGAAACAGAAGCUUUGCUAUUGGGUGUUACUCAGCUAAUUAAGUGACUGGAGGCUGAUAGUGAGGAGGCAGAAAAAGCUUUGGAGUUGGAAAAACAGCUAGGGAAAAAGCUUAGCGUGAAAAUGGAUUGCUUGUCACUUUGGAGGCUUCAGCAGCUCCCUGCAGCCAUGCAAAAAGAGUAUGAUCUGUGUGCUCAAGAUAUCUUGGAGCUACAAUGGCAUCUUUGUAAAAGACGUCAGCUGCAACAGAUAAAAAACCAAAUACUUCCAAUAGAAACAGACAACAGAAAGAUUCAGGAGGAUAUAGACUUGAUGAAGAAACACAGCCAUCUGCUGGAAGAAAAGCUGAAUCUAGAGGGUGAAGCUGUGAAGGAUAUGUCGCUGGUUUAUGAAAAGGCAUCAAAAUUAUAUAGUGAUGUUUGUUGUGAACACACGGAAAUUCAAAAGACUAUGAAAGUAAUUGCUGAAGAAUCUGAAAAGAAGAUAAAAUCUAUGUCUGAGGAAACUGAAUGUGCUGAGAUGCUAUUGCAUCAAUGCAAGAAUGAGUUAAAGCAGUCUGAAUUUAUUUGGACCGAAUACUGUAUGAAGUUAAAAGAAACAGAGAAGAAGAUUAUAAAGGAUGAAAAACACCUUGAGGAGUUAGUGAAGCAAAAAGCAGAAAUCCAGGAAGAUGCAGAAUAUUGGAACAGCAAAAUAGAAGAUUUGAAUAAUAAAAUGGCUGCCCAAGGAGAUGAAAUUGUAAAACUAUCAGACGCUUCUUCUGAAGUAGUUAAAGCUGUGGAAGAAUUAAAAUCCACUGAGGAAAGGGAUCUACUGGAUAUAAAGCAAAAUGUUCUCAAUAUUAAUGAAGCAUUGGACAGUUUGAAAUGCGAAAAUGAAGAACUUGAGAGAGAAAAGAAAGAGUUAUCACAAAUAAUUGGAAAUAUGUAUGAUGGGGCAGAGUGUACCCGCAGUAAGUUUGCUGAUGAUACCAAACUGGGAGGAGUGGCUGAUACACUGGAGGACCAUGCUGCUAUCCAGAGAGACCUCAACAGGCUGCAGAAAUGGGGUGAAAGGCACCUCAUGAAGUUCAACAAGGAGGCGUGCAAAGUUCUGCACCUGGGGAAGAACAACUCCAUGCAUCAAAAGAAAGAACAAGUCAGAAAUCGAAACUAUCUGCAAAAACAUAAGACUGAACAGCAACUAGAAAGACUAAAUGAAGGUGUCUCUAAUGCUGAAUUGUCCUACAGUGAAACAAAAAAAAAGUAUGAGGAACUAAAAAAAAAAAACAAAAUUGCAGAAGAAAUCUCUUUCAAGAAUUCAGAGUUGGAUCUUAAAAAAGAAAUUCAAUCUCAAAAAGGAG